GGGUAAAGGUGGACUGCUUUGUGCCGCGCUGACUAGAACGUGACUGCCACAAAAGCAAGCAGCCUCUUUUCUGUCUGAGAGCAGAGUGCUCCUGGGAACUGUAUUUUUGGUGCAACGAUGUCCAUCAGUAGGAAGAACUGGUCGGCUCUGUCCAGCCUCGCCCGCCAGUGGACAAUGGAGGAUGAGGAGGAGGUGGAGAGAGAGAGGAGGAGGAGGGUGAAGAGUUCGAGCGGCACGGGCGAACCCGACGCCGACUUCGGCCCGACCGCCGGAGACACGCCUCCGAGGGACAGCGCCUUCGGGACGGACCCCCCCGGCCCCGGCAGUGUGGAGCAGAUCCAGGUGGACUUUGUGGAGAUGCUGCGUGUCCGAGAUGAGAGGCGGAGGAUGAGGCACGUGGAGACGCUGAGGCAACAGAAGGAAGAAGGGGAAGGUGAAGGGGGGACCUGCACAGGAGGAGCCCGGGUGGAGCUACUGGGGGACGUGGAGGAACAUGAGGCCAGUGUGUUGCCCUCUGUGACAGCCCCACCCAGACCACAGCCACCCCAAAACACAUCCUCCUACAGCAACACCAGCACGUACAUCCCAAACAAACAACCCGAAAACGGAGGUUCCACGAGCAAGCACCCCGACCCCAAGCCGCCCUCCAACCCGGCUCGCAAGUUUGUCAGUUCUGUCUCCAUCUCGUUCGACAAAAGCCCCUCGGCCAGCGGGCCCGCGAGCCCCAUGAGCCCUCGCUCUCCCGCGGCCGUCUCCCCCCCUCGGGAACACUGGCCGUCGCCUUGCCAGUCGCCCCCUCCCGGUAGACCUCAAAGCCCCGACUGCAGUGGACACACGCAGGAGACCAGGGUGAAUGGCUCUUCCUCCGACGCCAACUUUGAACAGACGGCCAAACCUGCGUUUGUGAGACAGAGCUCCAGGACUAUAUCUUUCAGGAUGAUGAGGAAGAAAGAAGAGGAGAGCGCACCGCUGCAGCGGAGUGCGAGUGUGAGGACGGCCUCCAAGAUGUCUGAAUCUAACACAGUCCAAAAUGAAGAUGAAGACAAAUCAUCGUCUUUCCAGAGAAACACCAAGCAGAGGAUUUCAUCCAGAUCCAUCAAGGAGAAGAUGGAGAGACUGGCUCAGGCUGCACAGAAGUCAGAUGUGACGCGGUCUCCGGACGUGACCCAGAGGACUCUGUUCCUGCUGGACGAGGUGUCCAGGAAGAGAGGCCUCUUUGAGAAGGAGCAGCAGGCAGCGAGCCCCACCAGCCCGGGAGUCUCCAGACAGGAAUUUAGGAGCUUCAGAUCAGGAAUGUCUGACCGGAUCAACCGCUGGCUCAAUAAGACCAACGAAACGGGGUCCACGCACAAUCCAACUGACUUGAGACAUGUGGACAUCAUCAGUAAGAGGAGCCUGUUUGAGAGCAAAGACGAGGACAGUGUCCCAAAAAACAGCCGUGGAAAAAUCUAAAAGUGAAAGAUGUCCAUUUCUAAUUCUCAACAGGUUUCUGUGGACUUGAUGGGACACAAAGGGAACUAGAAGAUUAUUGGACGCCACGACUGACCAAUUCUUUUUUCAUGCUUUUUCUUCACUGCCUAAGCAACAGCCAAAUUGACAAAACAGUGAUUUUUAGUUUUUAAAAAGGACUGAAAUGGAGAUUACUGCUUUUAAAGUUAAGAUGUUUCAAUCAUACACUCACGCAAUGCUUCAUGAAGUAAAGCAAACAUGUCUCAUUUCAAACAUCCAAAGAUGUUUAUCGGGAGAGGAGGAGUUAAAGAAAUGUGAGGAGAAAGAACUUUUUUAAAUUUGCUUUAACUUUGUGUAAUUUUUAAAGCACUUUAAGUGGGUGAAGGUCUUUAGGCAAAUAAAGCCUAUUUCUAGUAGUAAGAGUUCUGGAGUCGCAAUGUCAUGUUUUUGUUUAAUUUGACAAAAUAUAUAUAUAUUUGUUCUGUGUCAUUGUGGCCUGUCAAAGAAAUAAAAAGCUUCUAUUGCC